CCCCCGUCGUUACUAACGGCCGUCUGUGAGGCUCCAGCCUUGAUAUGGUGAGGAGCGACACCAGCUCCAGCGACAUGUCCGAGAAACGACAGGUCGGCCACAGCCAGGCCCAGCGGCUCCCCGAGUCCUUCAAAGAAAAUGCCAAGGCAGAUCUGGGACCCUGUGGCUGGAUUUUGGUGGCCGUCUCCUUCUUGUUCGUAAUUAUAACCUUCCCGCUAUCAAUAUGGAUUUGCAUAAAGAUUGUAAAAGAGUAUGAAAGAGUCAUCAUCUUUAGAUUGGGUCGCAUUUUGCAAGGAGGAGCCAGAGGACCUGGUUUGUUUUUCAUCCUGCCCUGCACUGACAGCUUCAUCAAGGUGGACAUGAGAACCAUCUCCUUCGAUAUUCCUCCUCAGGAGGUCCUCACUAAGGAUUCAGUGACGAUCAGUGUGGACGGCGUGGUUUAUUACCGCGUUCAGAAUGCAACCCUGGCUGUGGCCAAUAUCACCAAUGCAGACUCGGCAACCCGUCUUUUGGCACAAACCACCCUCAGGAAUGCGCUGGGCACCAAGAACCUGUCUCAGAUCCUCUCUGACAGAGAAGAGAUUGCACACCACAUGCAGAGCACGCUGGAUGACGCCACUGAUGACUGGGGAAUAAGGGUGGAGCGCGUGGAGAUUAAGGACGUGAAACUGCCAGUGCAGCUGCAGAGAGCCAUGGCUGCGGAGGCGGAGGCUGCCCGGGAGGCCAGAGCCAAGGUGAUCGCAGCUGAGGGGGAAAUGAAUGCGUCCAGAGCUCUCAAAGAAGCUUCCAUAGUUAUCACCGAGUCUCCUGCGGCCCUUCAGCUCCGGUACCUUCAGACACUCACCACCAUCGCUGCGGAGAAAAACUCCACCAUUGUCUUCCCUCUGCCCAUCGACAUGCUGCAGAGCAUCAUGACUUUUAAACACUGAGCUGUGCAGGUCCAUGUAGAGCUGCGCUGACCCCUCCCAGUGUAAAGUGGGGACCAAAAUAGCCUUUAACUCACGGGGAGAUUAGCAGGAAGCUUGACCGUCCACCCUCUCCCCCUUUUUCUGUGUGUAGAAUGUGGGGCUCUUAGAGCGGGUAGGAGCCAUAAAAGCAGAUGAGAGGCUUACUCUGGAGCUAGCAGUGUAGCUUAGUACUUAGCACUCAGCACUUGCUCAGCAUGCCCAAGGCUCUGGGUUUAAUCCUCAGCACCAAAACAAUGUUGGCUUGUAAACACAGAGAGACAGAGAUGGAGAGUUUACGUUCAAUAAUCUUACUCUUCAUUUAAGUCUAUGUCUUUAUUCUGGAGUAGGUUGAAGCGCUCUUCUGACUUCCUUUAAGUUGUUCUGAGCUGUGUGCGAGCAGUCAAGUCAGAACAAGGGACACAGCCUAGACAGGCCACAGGACCCCACUGGGUAAAUGCUCUGCCACAGUGAAGACCUGUGCCACCCGCUUCUCAGGGCCACCUGUGCCUUCCCUUCCGGGAAUUUGUUUUUUAUUUUAUUUUUGGUUUUUCUGUGUAGCCCUGGCUGUCCUGCACCUCUGUCCUGUACUCUGUAGACCAGGCUGGCCUCGAACUCACAGAGGUCCACCUGCCUCUGCCUCCCGAGUGCUGGGAUUAAAGGUGUGAGUUUACCACCGCCCAGCCCUUCUGGGACUCUUAAGGAAAGAUAUUUCCUCAAUGUCCAUCUCCCUGCUGUAAGCCCAAACUGUGCUUUGGAAUAAUCCUCUCUUCCUGCUUGAUCCUCUCAGAACCCAAGAAAUGAUCAAUCAACAAAAGGCUCCCACUGGCCCUUCUGAGACCGGCUGCAUUGCUGUGCUAGUCCUCUUGAAAACAGUAGGUGCAGUUUUUAAACCUUCGUGAUGAGUCCCCUCUGUGCUGCCUUCAAAAGCAGCCCAAUUUUUACCAUAGAAAGUGCUUCUUUUCUGAGUUUUUGCCGAUUUUCAUGUAUCAGAUUUUUAAAUCAUUUUGAUUUUUAAAAAAUACCUUUUUAAGUUGUAUAAAUAAUUGUUAUAUGCCCAUUUGAAUAGCUUAAGUACUGAAGUACUUUUUAAAAAUUAUAAGAAAACCAUUAUACGUCGCUGUCUGCAUACUAUUAACUCUUGCAUACUGUGAAAUAUUGUGAUUACUAAUCCUACGUGAGUAGCCUGAGGACUUUGUGCAUAGACACCAUGCUAAGCUAGCUCCCUCUGCAGAGGGAAAACACUUUGUCUGACUUGUUUUGUUUUCCUCACACAAAACGUUGAUACCAAUAGAGGAAGCGGCCCACCCCUCAGGGCCGCAGUUUCUUAUUGUGACACCCUUCCCUUGGCCUGGAAAGCUUGCUGGUGACUUUUGCCAACAGCUUUGAGGCUCUUGAUUCAACUGGAGAAGCCUGAAAGAAUGGCUCCCUGCUGCAGCAGCACUGUUGACUGCUCUUAGCUCCCCAUACAGAACUUCCGUCCCCCUCCCCCACGCACACCCUGUUUAUAAGCCUUGAACCCAGCUGGGGUUUCUACAGGUGUGCAUAGUACGUCCCCCCUGGACUCAAGUUGCAUUUACAUUUUGAAUUUAAAGUAAUGCUUUCAUCUGUUUGGAGAAGUGACUCUCCCUCAGUGAGGACCAGGAAGGCCCUCGUCCUGGUGAAAAUACCUUCUUGGAGGUGGAAACUGGUGCACUUGGUUCUCUAAAUCGCUCCUUCCAGACACCAACUGGCCUUUGCUUCUGUGCCUUAUGAAUUAGUAAUCCAGUAGGCUGAAGUUCAGCCCCAGGGAGGGGUGGAGAGCAGCAAGCUUAUAGGAAGCAGAGUUGGAAGGGUUCCUUGCCUCCUCCCCCUCAGCCACGUACAAUAAAGUGUGGACCCUGUGACCUGC